AAUCAAGGGAGAGAGAGAGAGAGUGUGACAUUGUGUGUUGUUUCUUGUUUGGAGAAGGGGUUUAUGUGGGGUUUUCAGUGUACUAUAUGUAUCUGUAGAGAGAGAGGGAGAGAGGAGUGUAGAGAGAGAGAGAGAGAGAUGGGUUCGCUCACAAAAUGGAGUGGGAAGAGGACUACACGAAGGCAAAGAAGAAGAAGGAGUUGAACCCAUAUUAAUGGAGAAUUCACAGAGGUUUUGUAUGUUCCCAAUUCGAUAUCCACAAGUUUGGGAGAUGUACAAGAAGGCCGAAGCCAGUUUUUGGACCGCCGAGGAGGUGGAUCUCUCCCAGGAUGUGCAGCAGUGGGAUUCUUUGUCUGAUUCCGAGAAGCACUUUAUAAGCCAUGUAUUGGCAUUUUUUGCUGCAUCCGAUGGGAUUGUUUUGGAGAAUUUGGCUGGAAGAUUUUUAAAUGAUGUUAAAAUUCCAGAGGCUCGGGCAUUUUACGGAUUCCAAAUUGCAAUGGAGAAUAUACAUUCUGAGAUGUACAGUUUACUUUUGGAAACAUACAUCAGGGACUCGAGGGAGAAACAUAGAUUGUUCAAUGCAGUUGAGAAUAUUCCUUGUGUUGCUCAAAAAGCCAAAUGGGCUUUGGAUUGGAUUCAAAGCUCCAGCUCAUUUGCAGAAAGAAUAGUUGCCUUUGCAUGUGUUGAAGGAAUAUUUUUCUCAGGAAGUUUCUGUGCCAUUUUUUGGCUUAAAAAGAGGGGACUCCUGCCAGGCUUGACAUUUUCAAAUGAACUUAUUUCUAGAGAUGAGGGUCUCCACUGCGAUUUUGCUU